AUGGACAAUCGGUCCCUGGCCUCGCCGCCCUCGAUCCGUGUGUGUCAUUCCAGCCACACAGAGUUCACCAGCAGCAGCAACAGCAGUGAGCACAGUCGUCGUCUGCCCUCGCGGUCUCCUUCGUAUUCGAAAAAUUCUGAUCGGUCCCCGUCGUCCUCCUCGGCCUCGUCCUAUGGGCGACCAAUGGCCAUUCGAAAGUCGAACGAGCCGCUCGCGCCGCCGCCUUUGCCUCCGCCCCGAUUUAUCGAGGACCUGGCGCAGGGCCACGACUCGGGUUGGAAAUGGGGGAAUUCGUUUGAGGGAAAGCCGACGCUGGCUCCGAUCAAGCCCACCUCCAGCCUGUUUGGUGGGCACAGUCGGCCGCCGCUGGUUCGACGAGACGAGACAUUCUCGUUUACUGACGAUUUCAAGCGUGGAGGUACGAUGUCAGCGGCGACCAGUCCGUCGUCAGAGGUAAACUCGGUUGGGCCAGUGUCUACGAUUUCAGAUGCGCCACGGUCAGGCUCACUGGGGUCGAGUACCUCCGCUUCACGGAUGGGAUACAGUUUACAGGGAGAAAAGCCUCUAUCAGAGAAGAGUGUUGAACGCUCUUCAAAUGCCUACGACCAACACCUACUCUCUAAAAUCGGAAAGCCGGGUUCGCCUCCGCGACUUGCUGCGAGUUUGGGCACUUCAAUAAACAACACCAGUUUGCCGUUCCACUCGAAGAGCAGGACACUCUCCACCCUGUCUAUUGGAGACGGGUCGCUGAGUCCGAGAGAUAUACCUUCCCGAUGGGGCAGUGGACCUCCGUCGGCAGCAAUCUCUCCUGGAACGAAGAUGGGCGGUUGGCAGGACUAUGUGGGAUACCAGAGCCCGACAGCCGAUAGCGCUGUGCAUUCGCCAAUGGAAAUCGAUGGUUUUAAUCAGACGCGAGACCCAUAUAGCAGCUGUGCUUCCGGACGUCAUGCGACAGAGGAAAGGCCCAGCAUAGCAGAGAGACCUGGAAAAGCGAGCUAUGACCAGGGGAUGUUUCCCGACCAAGAUACCGAUUUUGCAAUGGAUGAUGCGGGGCCAGCUCCUCAACACAGCCUACCUGGACGUCUGUCUUUUACGGAAGGGUUUUCGUCCGUAUCGCGUAAUAGCAUGAAGCGAAGAGCUUCGUCUCCUCCCCGUGGUGCAGUUGGCGAUUCAAUAUAUACGUUCAAUGAGCCUGAAAGAGAUAGACGGCCGCUAGGACUUCGCUCCAAUAGUUGCACGUCACCCAAUACCCGCUACCUAGGAAGUCACGGGUCCGUGUCUUCUAUUUCUUCGAGUUUACGAACAGAAUCCUAUGCUUCUUCUGCCGGGCUCUCCAUUGCGGCGAGUAGUAUUUCCUCUUUCGGUGGGCCAUCGCCGGGAAGGAUUUCUCCCACGUCUGAUCUGGACGCUUGCUACGAAAAAUCAUAUUUGCCGCCGACCUCACACCGGUCACAGUACUCGGACCUGGCGGAAAUCAAAGGCUCGGCAACACGAAAGGGCUCAGGACAGAAUGGUAUCAGCUUAUCAAAGCCUACUGCGCCAAGGAUAGGAAGGCUUUAUAUUUGUGAAUGCUGUCCUAAAAAACCAAAGAAGCUUGAGAGUCUUGAAGAAUUACGUGCCCAUGAGAUGGAAAAGCAAUAUACCUGUCAAUUCUGUAAUAAACGAUUUAAAAACAAAAACGAGGCCGAGCGUCACCAAAAUUCCCUCCAUUUGCGGCGGCAUUCUUGGUCUUGUGCUGCGUUGUCAAACCCAGAGUCAGCUUUCCACCCUUCAGCUUCUCCAACAUGUCAGCUCGCCAACGGUGUGUCGCAUGACACGUGUGGAUAUUGCGGCGUGGAAUUUACAAAUUUCCCGAAGCCCGAGUGGGAUCGGCGGAUGGACCACCUGAUCAACAUCCACAAGUUUGGAGAAUGUAAUCAAGCAAAAAAGUUUUACCGCGCAGACCACUUUCGGCAGCAUUUGAAACACAGUCAUAAUGGAUCGAGUGGGAAAUGGACCAAUACGUUAGAAAGCGCCUGCAUGAAGGAAGAGCCACCCCAUGAAGGCCUCCCAAGUAUCGGGGAGCAACCGGGGGAUAAUGCGGAAGGGGAUAAUGGGAGCAUUGGAAUGCGAUCGGCGACGGGCAGAGCUACCGUCCACACCAUUGACGAAGUGAUGACCAGUUCUUGA